AUGAAUGCUUCCCGUACUGUAGUCUCCUCAAGCAUCGUCGAUCGAACCUUGCCAUCUAGACCUCGACUCAACUUGAUCCCUCUUCUAGAGAACGAUGGUCAGAUCUAUAGUCAAGCCGCUUGGCUUUUGCUAUCCAUCGCCGCUUUUGCUCUCACUGUUCGUGCACUAAAAGCCCCUCAUAGACAACGCCCUCAGACACAACCAUAUCCACCGAAGUCCUAUAACAAUACCUCAGCCUCAAUUGAUCCAUCUUCAACAAAAGACAAUGCGGAGCAACCUGUGAAGCCAUACUUAGCCGCAUUCCCCGAUCUUAGCGGACUGGCAGAUCUUGCGACCCAAACAGAAAGAGAGCGCAUGGUGAGAGACAAGAAGCUGUACUGGAAAAUGCAAAAUCUGGAAGAUCAUCGAGCAGACGUUAUUCCGGAAGCACGACAACGCCUGAUAGGUCUCUUCGAUCAAACCAUGUCUGAAGCUCUCAGUAAUCCGUACGAUACCAUCGUUUCACUCUCUACUUACGACUCAACUUCUCUCCGCGCAUUUCUUCAAACAUCGCAUCGCUCAGCAACUUCUAGAUAUGAAGCGUAUCUGGAGAGACGCAAAGCUGGUGGACCAAGAGAAAUGUUCCCUACGACGGAGUUCGCUUUGGAGUGGCUCAGAUUAGCUGGAGUGGUGAAAUACGUCGACGGUGGUUGGCUUGGAGGGAUAUUAGGAAUAGGUACUGGUAGGGCUUCUUGCUUGCCUCAGACAAAAGGUCAGAGCACUGGCGGUCAAUUAGAAAGAUCAAUCAGUAAAAUGGCGUGGCAAGUCAUAUCGGAAGAAUUUGGAGAUGGCGAUUUGGAGAAGAAUCACAUCUACCUGUACGAGAAGCUGCUUAAUAAGAUUAGCGCUGGAAAAUUGACACCGGACGAUCAGACUUCCUCUGGAUAUGUUCGAGGGUUUGAUGGUCUUGAAGACAAUCAAGGUGUUCCUCGUUGUUGGGAAGCAGCUAUUGCACAGCAGUGUAUUGGACUUCUCGCUUCUUCCCAAGACUUCUUCCCCGAAGCGCUUGGUUUCAACAUGGCUUAUGAGUCGCUACCAUAUCAUCUCCUCAUCACCGCGAGGGAACUGAAAGAGUUGGAUAUUGACAAUUACUAUUUUGCUAUCCAUGUCACGAUUGACAAUGCUGAUUCUGGUCAUUCUGCUAUGGCACGUAUAGCUGUAGAACGGUAUUUGGAAGGCGUCAGAGAGAGGGAUGGAGAUCAAGCCAUGCACAAUAUAUGGAGGAGGAUACAAGUGGGAUAUAUCCUCGCCGAAGGCCUUCCAACUACACCCAGCGGACCAAUCGAGUUCGAGCCAGUCAGGAAAUCUGAUUCUAUCAUACAUUGGCAACCACGAUCAUCACAAACCCCACCAGUCACUCCUGCAGAAUCCAAACUCGUCAAUGUGAUCGUCAAAAAAGCAGGUGCCGCGGAGAAAAUGCAUUGCACUUCGAAAAUGCGAAUAGGAGGUGAGACUGUAGAACAAUGGUUGGACCCUCGGACAAUAUCUGAAACUAGAGCUUUAUCUUUUAUUCGUGCUCUCGCCACCAAGAGGCCAUUUGUAGUACCCGGAGACACCUCUCGAAGUCGCUUUGUCCAAGAUCUUGAAUGGGGAGGAAAGAUGUUUGGAGCUUUCACCGGUAUGGAAUCGGAUAUUGUCAAAAAUUGGAUCCGUUCGUUACAGCCUCGAAUCACAUCGGAAGGAACGUAUGAACGCUUCGUAGGAAGAAGCGCUGCCGCCCAGAAGGGAUUUAACCCACCCGCUACCCCUUUCGAAGAACGAACUCGAGAUCUCUGGACCAUACACGAUGUCAACCCAAUGUCCACAACACAGCUAUCCGAAAGAGUCAGUUCUGAAGAUCUCAUAACCCAGCCUAUGUUUGAAACAGAUGAGAUAGCUCUGGAAUAUUCACGCCUACGUUCGAUUUGGUAUGUAUCCACAUCGCUUUUCGAAUGUUUCCCUCUUCAACCUUCUCGCUUUGCAACUCCGCUGGGCAUGUUCUCCCUUCGUCUUCUUCGAUCACAACUUGGGUUUGGGGCUCUACAUCUUCCGGAAGAUAUAUGUGCAGGCACCGAUGAUCUCGAUCUCACAAGACAAGAGGGAGAUAUGAUUGGACUCUGGGAGCUAGGAGAGAAAUUGGAUCAAGUUUGUAAUAUACCAAACGCUGAUGAUAUCCAGCAAAUCGCGCGCGAUACCACUGAUAGGAGGACAAAUGAGUUUUGCGCAAAACUGCUUGAUUUGCGAUCACGGCCUUACACGAACUCCUCAUAUAUAUUCGGGGUUAGUCUAGCUUUGUGUAAAGGCGUACAUGGGUCCAGGGUCAUUAAUAAUAUGUUGGGAGAAGAGCGAGACCAAGGCUCACUUUCACGGAUCGUGGAUGAACAACUAGCAAUCAUUUCAGAGCUUGUCAAGGAUUACAUCGAUGAAAAUGACCAGCAAAAUCAGAAGGAUUUCGUGCAAGGCUUCCUAUGGGCAAGGAACGAAUUAUCUAUUAUAUCAAUCUGA